ACGUGAUGCAUAUAUUUAAAUUAUGAUUCCAACAAGUGUGUACAGUCCAGCACAUUUUCUUUAUCUACGGAUGUGUCAUUCCUACCCAAGUGACGGAGCCACACACAGUCACUUGACGAUAGCAUUUAGUAGUCUCCCAGACUCUCAGAAGAGUGGAAAACAAGUUCGAACAUAAACAAUGAAAACUCUAACGAGUUGUUUGCUGUUCUCUUUAGCUAUUUGCGUAUCAUCUGUUACAGCAAACGUCCAGUUUUGUGAUUCAGACGUGGGAAGCUGUGUCAAUGUGACAGUGUCUGGGUGUGCAGCUUCUGCCGCUGAAUGUGACCUGAAACGUGGAACUAAUGUUGGCAUCACAAUAUCAUUUUCUGUUUCUGAAGACACAAGUGAUGUAAAGGCUAUUGUGCAUGGAAUACUGGGUGGAAUCCCUAUUCCAUUCCACAUACCAAAUCCUGAUGCUUGCCAGAACUGUGGUUUAACAUGUCCUCUACAUAAGGGAGGUACUUACACCUAUUUCGAGAAACUGCCUAUUAAGCGGACAUACCCGCAGGUAUCUGUUGAGGUGAAAUGGCAGCUUGAGGACAGUAAUGGCAAAGUAAUCUGCUGUGCCCUGAUCCCCAGUAGGAUUAAGUGAGGCUACAUGUGGUUACAGUGGCUAAAAUUUGGCUGUGAUGUUCAUCCAAGCUCACAGGGAAGAUAAAUUCUUUAGGACACCUGUCAUCAUUAUUCCCGUUACCCUCCUUCAUUAAGCAGACGUAUGUGUUGAGACGACGAUGAUGACAAUGAUGGUAACCUGUUUUUUCCCCCCUAAAAUCUUUUGUAUGAACAUACUGUAGUUAAUGCCACAAUUGCCCUGUGACAGGAGGAGUAAACUGGAAUUUUAUCGGUCAUACAAUGAUUUUAUUCAGAUUAAUAUAUUUUUUGUAUAAUUCCUCUUAAUAUAGUUUGGAAAUAAAAUGUUUUAGCCUGAAAGUCUGUGAUUUAUCAAAUUUCUUAUUGUGUCAGUGAUGAUGAUUCUUGUUGUCUGUACAUGUAUAAACAAACUUUAUAAUAUUGAUAUUCCACAUGUUAAAGUGUACAUUUUAGAAAACUAUUUUUCUUGUAAAUGAGAAUAAAUGUAAUGUUUCUCAAAA